UAAAAAUCAGUAACACUCAGGAAAAAGCGUUCUGCAUUGAUGCUGGCCGCCGUUUUCAAAGGUCCACUAACCCAGGAUUUAUGCUGUAAAUUGUGUCGACCAGCCUCACUUUGUCACAGUUCAACAAGUGAAUAAUUCAAGCCCUCUUUCAAAAUGGCUGCAAGCGUAACAGUUGAGUCAGUCUUACAAAAGAUCAGUGAGGGACACCUGGAAUGCCAGAUCUGCACUGACCGCUUUAAGGAGCCCAAAAUGUUGGAGUGCUCUCACUCAUUCUGUAUGGAAUGCCUUCAACAACUCGCACAGAGAGAGAACCCACCCGCUCAAAUGCUAAUCUGUCCAGUGUGUCGAGUUCAGACAGUUUUGAGUGAAAAGGGAGUUGCGGAUCUGCGUGCUGACUUCAAGUUGACUUCUCUAGUGGACGAAAUAAAUCAAUUGGAAAGUCGACAACAGAAUCAGCGACCUGGUCAGGGGGAUGUUUCUAAAUGUAGCAAGCAUACUCAGGAUCUGAUAAUGUAUUGCGAAACAUGCAAAAUGAUGGUAUGCAAAACUUGCAUCUCAAGAGACCACAGAUCGCAUCCUGUUAUUGAAACUAGCGAGGCUUUACAUAAACGGAGACAACAGAUUAAUGAUGAGUUGGCAAAAGUACGAGAGAGCGUCAACAUUUUCAACAUUGCUGUACAAGACUUAGAUAUGAUCCGCAAGACAUUAGAUGAAAUGUUUGCCAGCACCAAAGACAAAAUCGCUGAGAAGGCUGAAAAGGAGAUUGCCAAAGCAGUUGCAAGGAUCAAAGGCGAGGAGCAGAAACUGGUACAAGAGGCAGAACGUUCUUACAAAGACAGAGUCAAGACAAUUGAAAAUGCACAGGCUACAAAUAUCAAAGUGGUGACAAAAGCACAGCAUAAGCAGCAUCAGGUUAGCACCAUGAGUCACGGGGAAGACAUCAAGAUUCCAGAUCUCGUAGAGAAACUCUUGCUAGACCUAAACAAAUUCACACAGAUUCAGCCAAACAAAGUCCCCGAUGCAUUGGCUUUUAUGGACUUUGAAGAUGGUCAGAAACUUCUAGGGAAACUGGUGCUGAAAACACCUGAUGAAAGACAAAUGGUUUUGAAUCCUCCUCAAAACUAUACGCGAAAGACAUGGACUCUCAAAGAGGAAUUGAUGACAUAUAUGAAGGGUGUAAACCAAAUGGUGAAGUUUUCUCCAUGCGAUGUUGCAGCGUACUCCAAUGGCGAUAUUGUUGUGGCAGAUUUUCAAAAUCGCAGCUUGAUGACAGCAGCAGGUAACUCUCAAUCCAUCCUAAAAGUGCAACCAAUAAAAGGUCUGUCUCGUCCAAGAAGAGUGGCUAUAAACAAGAAUGAUGAGCUCAUUGUUCUAGAGAGUAACUGUUUAGUCAAGAUUUACAACAGGAAAUAUCAGCUUCUCGCCGAGUUCAAACUAGGUGGAUUUUCGAGCAACAUGCCUUCGUGCAUUGCAGUGGAUAACAACAAUCUGAUAGCAGUGGGAUUUAAUCACAACCAAGAUGAGAUCUCACUAUACAGUGCAGAUGGAUCCAUCAUCAGAACCAUCCAUGCUGGAGGGGUCGGUACAAACUUGACUUUCUCCAAACAGCAACUCAUCUACACUACUUCAGAUGAAAAGAAGUUGGUGUCAGUAGACCGCAAUGGUGAAGUGGUAUUCUCAGUUGAUAUCAAUCACUCAGGUUUGCCAUAUGGUUUGCCUUAUGGGUUGUGCUGUGACGAGGACGGUAGCAUCUACGUUGCUGUAACUGAAGAAUCAUCAGGUGAGAUCCAGCAAUACAGUCCUGAUGAUGGUAACUACCUUGGUUGUAUCAUCAAGGGAUGUAAUAACCCACAUAGUAUCGCACGCACAUCUACCGGUCAUCUUAUAGUAGCUGCUAAAAACUCAGUUCAAAUAUAUCACCAUGACUGAGUACAACAAUAGACUACAAUGUAAUACACACAGUGUGUCUAGGGGUGGAUUUCACAAAGAGUUAAGACUAGUCUUAUCUCGAGGUAGGAUGAGUUACUUGUUGUACUUAGAACUUGCCUGAAGUUUUUAAUAACUCCCAGGCCUAGGACUGUUCCUAUAACUUAGGACUAGUCUUACAUGUAACUCUUUGGAAAUGGACCCCACCUCUGUUUUACAUUAUCUGUGUAUCAAUUACAAACAUGGUUCACAGUCGACUGACUGCAGACAGGUCUUCUCACUUUGUGUAUCUCAACAUGCAUAAAAUAACAAACCUGUGAAAAUUUGAGCUCAACUGGUCGUUGCAAUUGUGAGAUAACUAUCAAAGAAAAAACACCCUUGUCACACGUAGUUACCAAUAGUGUUUCUCUGUAUAGAAAGCUUCUCUUUGUGAAUGCAUGUAUAUUGCCUUGCGUCACUUUUUAGAGCUUUUAAUCUUUUUUUCUUCUAAUAUUCUUGCUCAUUCCCAUAAUUAGUGUUUAAACAUUGUAUUGUGUAUUUUGAACGGUUCUUCAUAGCUUCGGUAAAAAAAUUCUCACUUGAAGGCACUGAUAUUAAAGGUCUCAAAUUCAAGAAUCUGAAAACACACAACUUGUGCGACAAGGGUGAUAUUUUCUUCAAUUAUU